AUGGAAUGUGCUUCGGGGCAAUUGCUUGUAGACCCUUUCGUCUUCGUACAGCCUGGGUUUGCAGACAACGAACCGUUGUACUUGGCAGCAAAACGGUACCGACCAGACGGAGCAGAUAGAGCGCAGAAAGGGGUCACCCUUGUUCUCUUCCACGCAACUGGGAGUCUCAAAGAGCAGUGGGAGCCUAUGCUGAAGAGACUGUUCGAUCUAUCCCGUACCAAGCCUCCAUCAGAGCGCAUCCGGGAGGCGUGGUGCUUUGACCGUCAAAAUCAUGGCGACAGCGCCGUUCUGAACCGGGAUCGCCUUCGUUCACGGCCGGAUGGUGUUGCGGAAUAUGGAGCGGGUGUCGCGCAUUUCCUUCGGUCAGACCAUGUCCGUGGUCACCGGAUAAUCGCUAUCGGCCAUUCGUCAGGCACCGCAGCUCUAACUCUAUCCUCUCGAGAUUUCCCAACCGGAAAUCUGCCUUACGAGGGCAUCGUCCUCAUCGAAGCCGCUAUCACAGACAAGGAAGAGUACUACGCUAAUGUCACAGCCCGCGAGCGUGCGUUGGGACUCGUCCAGAAAGCAACCCGUGCACGCCGGAGAACUUGGGGGAGCAGAGAGGAAGCUCGUGCGUGGAUGAGCCGCCGUGUUCCGUGGAAUUCUUGGGAUCCUAGAUCAGUCAAGUUUUUCGUUAAAUAUGGCUUGCGCGUCGUGGAUGUAGAUGGAAAUGUUCAAGUCACCCUCAAGUGCGAUCCGGCGCAAGAAGCGAGCGCGUUCGGCGAUGUAUACGGACAUUUUGACUCCUUCGAUGAGCUCAAGCGCAUAUGCCCUCAUAUUCCAGUACAUCUGAUCUUCGGAUCAAAGAUCGAGUUGAUGUCAGUCGUUAUUUUCACUUCUACUAUGAGACCUCAGGCUUGA